AUGCCGACCAGCCAAGCUCUCCAAUUAAUAGUCAUUCCGCAUCGCCCAGCGGCCAAUGCUGAAAUCGAGCGAGAUCUUGCGCCGGCUAUUUCAAUACUCAAGAAGGCACCUGGGCUAAAGCCCUUCUGGAGCGGCAGAAAAUUCGAAGAUCGAUAUACAAAAGUAUAUCUAGCUCUGUGGGAAAACCUAGAGUCAUCCCAUUCUUUCUUCACAAGCUCUGAAUAUGCAAAGUUCCACAGCGUCAUUCAACCAGCUCUGAAUGGGCGCAAGGUAACAUGGACAUCCCAUGCGCUCAUGGAUCACUCACCCCUCAGCGACCAUCAACACCUCUCAGACACUCUGAAGUCGCCUGCUAUGGAGGUUGCGUUGACGAAAGUGGUUGAAGGUGGUGUGUCGGGUUAUUACUCUCAGUUCAACAAGGUGGUUACUCGUGUACUCGACGAGGAAGAUGGAUGUAAGGGCUACUUUAUCACUCCUCUUAUUGAGAAUCCUGAGGAUCAACUACUAUUGAUCAACUGGGACUCUGUGGAUGCUCAUCAUGAAGUCUUUGAGAAAAGGCCGGGAUUUAGGGAGUGUAUAGAUGCCCUGAAGGACUACUAUAAGGAGUUUGUUGUGCCCUGGCAUAUCGUUGAUAUUCGGAAAGAGGAUUUGGGCGAUAGACAUUAG